UCACUUUAAGCUCCAUACAAACCACUUUCACUACUAGGAGAUCAUUCGAUCUGAACUUUGCGAUUCUAAUCUAUAACUUCACUUGGAAUCUAACUACUAUGGCAUAUUUACUCAAAUCUCUCUUUCUUCUGCAGCUCGCUGUGGUUUGCAUUCAGCUAAGUGGAGUGUUUGCUCAAACAGUACCUGACAGGUGCUGGUGUUUGAAUACUUUGAAGACACGUGUGCCAAAAUCACAAAUCGAGGAGUUCUUCAUUUUCCCACAAAGAGAACGAUGCAACAAUACAGAGAUCAUAUUAUCACUAAAACCAGAGAAUACCGUGACUGAAAAACAACAGCGCUGUCUCAGUCCAGACACCAGACAAGGCAAAGCCCUGCAGAUUUGCUGGAACCAGAAGAACACAAACAGCACAAGGAGUGUCAUUAAAUUCUCUGAGUGUUUCUAAAGCCAUGAUGGACAGGACAGAGGGGAGAUUUGGAAACUCCAAACAUGUGCCUGGAAUUUAUUCUUGUCACAUGACCCGCUGCAGUCCAAUCAGAAUGCUGGGGUCAAACUGUUAGACUCAUGCAGAUGAUGGGAAAUCACGGGAAAGCCAGAGACACAAGGAUCACUGUCAGACACAGAUGUUUUCAGUAAAGCCUUUAAGAUUCACUGUGUAAAUGAAGAACUGCUGAAUGUGUUAAGAUUCUAGAGAAAAUAUUUAAAUGACUUUAUUUAAAUUCUAUUCAAGUAUUUAACUUAUUUUAGAAUUGUCCCCUUGAAUGUGUAGAAUUAACACUAAGGAAUUAUUCCGAUUAGGUCAUGUUUUUUAUGUAAAUAUGUAUAACCAUAUUCCGACAUGAAGUACAUUUUAAAUUACCUAACAUUUUUUGUAUUUUUUAUACUGUUUUGUACUGUUUUCAUUUUGUAAUAAAUGUUAUGUUAAAAGAA